GCACCUUGAGUGAUGCCCAAGAAGUUCCAAGGUGAAAAUACCAAGUCGGCUGCUGCCCGCGCGAGGAAAGCUGAGGCAAAGGCAGCAGCCGAUGCCAAACGUCAGCAGGAGCUGGAAGAUGCCUACUGGAAGGAUGAAGACAAACACGUGAUGAGGAAGGAACAAAGGAAGGAAGAGAGGGAGAAGCGGCGGCUGGAGCAGCUGGAGCGUAAGAAGGAGCUGCAGCGCCUGCUGGAGGAGGAAGACUCGAAGCUGAAAGGGAAGUCGCCCAAGCAGGUCACUCCGGGCAAAGUCACCAGGGCUCAAAUCGAGGAGACGAUCAGAAAAGACCAGCAGCAGAAGGAGAAUGCAGAUACAGCGGAGAAGGAGAAGACUCACUUGGAGGUCCCCUUGGAAGAGAACAUCAACAGAAGGGUACUGGAGGAAGGAUCGGUGGAGGCCAGGACGAUUGAAGAUGCCAUUGCUGUCCUCAGCGUUGCCAAUGAUCCGGACCGGCACCCUGAGCGCCGGAUGAAAGCUGCCUUCACAGCUUUUGAAGAGCUCAAUCUGCCACGCCUGAAGCAAGAGAACCCCAACAUGCGCCUGUCCCAGCUCAAGCAGCUCCUCAAGAAGGAGUGGAUGAAGUCUCCAGAAAACCCCAUGAACCAGAGGCAUAAAGCUUACAACAGCCAAAAGUAGAACUAGAGCUGAUCAUCCCCCACGGACAGUGGGCUGGAGCCCCAGGGCUCUGCUCGGAUGAAAACAGGAGACACAAGGAACCUCCUCUCCU